GCCUUGAUUUUGUUUAUGUUUUGUGGUCGUGCUUCGAUUUGGAUAAAAGUGUUGGACCUUCAUAUUAACACGUGCUUCUUUCUGAGCUUUUUUCUUCUUCUGGCUUGCAGCAGGAUGAAGGUGUCUAUCGUGAUCCUCCUCGGCCUCCUGACUAUGGCCUCUGUCACAAGCGUACAAGUUAAUGUCCUCGCAGACCUGGCGCUGAAGCUGAAGCUGAAGGUCAAAUUGGGUAACUGUAUUGUCAAGUGCCCAAAAAUUCUUGGUCCUGUGAAUAAGCAUCUGUGCAGACAGGCCUGCUGCCUCUUGUUCGCAGUUCUUUGCAUUGGCUAACGAGACUUCUUAUCAAGCAACACGAUCUUGCAGCUGAAGAUGUGAAAUAAAAAUGUCAUGUUCAGCAAAG